UGGGUUGCAUGUGCUUUUCUUAAAAUAUUUUUUAAGCAGAAAUUGUACCAGAGAUUGACUGGAAUUGUUUCUGUGCGAUGUUGAGGCGGCAGAUCUUCACAGUUGUAUUCAUGUUUUGUAUUUUGUUUCAGGGUACUGAAGGUCAGUGCUCAUCCAAACUCACCUGCUCAGAGUGUGUGCAACAUGCCGGCUGUGCUUGGUGUAAGCAGAGGAAUGAAGUCACAUCAUUGGGUGUUCCCCAAACAUUUAAGGUGGCGUUUAAAAGAGCUGAGGGUUACCCCAUUGACCUGUACUUCCUGAUGGAUUUUUCACUUUCCAUGAUAGAUGAUUUGGAGAAUAUGAAGAAGCUGGGCCAUAAAGUCAUGUCGGCUUUAAGGAACGUCACUAAUGCUGCCAGGAUUGGCUUUGGGGCUUAUGUGGAUAAGAGGGAAAUACCGUUUAUUACGUCUUCUUCAGACAGUCUAUCCAAUCCCUGCCCUGAAAACAAAACCUGCCAACCAGCGUUCAGCUUUAAGCACUUUCUGAAUCUCACUGACAACAUGGAGGACUUUGAGAAAGAGGUCAGCAAGCAGAACAUCUCAGUAAACGAAGACCUGCCUGAGUCUGGCUUCGAUGGAGUGAUGCAGGUUUCUGUAUGUGAGGAAGAGAUCGGGUGGGGUAACGUGACCCGUAUCUUGGUGUAUCUCUCUGAUGGUCUCUUCCACAGUGCUGGAGAUGGAAGACUCGCUGGUAUUGUCAGACCGAAUGAUGGGAAAUGCCACUUAAAUAAGGAUGGAUUAUAUGAAACAAGCGAAUCCUAUGACUACCCUUCAAUAGCCCACCUGUCUGAGGUUCUUGCUAAGAAGAAUAUAAAAAUAAUAUUUGCGAUUACUGAUGAUUAUCAGGACACCUAUCAGGAGCUCAGUGCAGUGAUUCCCCAGUCGGUGGUGGGAAUAUUGGAGAGUGACUCCAGUAACGUUGUGCAGCUCAUCUCUGAUGCCUACAAUGAUUUGGUUUCUAAGUUGAUCCUGGAGCAUCACAAAGCUCCAGCAGGACUGGACAUAUCCUACAGCUCAGAGUGCAGUGAUGGCACUCAAAGUUACGGUCAGAAACGAGGAGAGUGCAGAAAUCUGGACUUUGAUCAGCAGAUUAAUUUCACAGUGACUGUGAGCACUUCAGUGUGUUUCUCCCACGCCAGAUCCUUCACUAUCAGACCCCAGGGCCUGACUGAGGAGCUUUCUGUAACAGUGGAGACACUCUGUGACUGCGACUGCAGGGACACUGAACGGAGGUCAUCUUACUGUCAUGGGAAUGGAACUUAUGCAUGCAGCGUCUGCAGCUGUGAUGAAGGCUAUGUUGGACAGACGUGUGAAUGUGAGAAGCAGCAGAAUGCAGACUCCAUAUUGUCCAUGGAGGCUUUAUGCACUCCCUUUAACAGCACAAACACGUGCAGUGGUCAUGGCAGCUGCCUGUGUGGGCGGUGCAUUUGUCACAGCCACUACAGAGGCCAGUACUGCCAGUGUGAUGACACCAGCUGCAAUCAUCACAAAAACCUCAUCUGUGGAGGAAAUGGGCGAUGUAACUGUGGCACUUGUGAAUGUUACCCAAACUAUGAAGGGCCUGCCUGUGAAUGUUCUACCAUCACAGAUGAGUGCCAGACAGGAAACGACAGCAUAUGCAGCAACCAUGGGUACUGUGAAUGUAACCAGUGCAUAUGUCAUCCAGAUUUCAAAGGCAAGCACUGCACCAUGUCCCUGUAUCCAUGCCUGCAGUAUGGGGCUUGUGUUCGUUGUAGGUUGUCAAAUGUGUUAGAGAAAGAAAACUGUGAAGAAGCCUGUUCCUCUACUGAACUCAUUCAUUCCCCUGAUGCAAGAAUCUUUUCAUGUGAUGAUGAAAUGGUAUUCUUUAAUGUGGAGUCAAACAGUGAGACUGUCCAAAUCUUCUACAGGGAAAAACAUAGUAUUUUCCAGAGAGCCAUGUUUGGAACUUUAGUGAUUUUCUGCAGUGGAGUUGGAGGAGUUGUCAUUUUGGGCACCACAAUGAUCUUAACAUACCUGGUACUGUUGAACAUCUACUACCAAAUUGUGCCUUAAAGGGACAGUUUACUGAAAAUGAAUCGAUUAUCAUUCAUCAGAUCACACUGACCGACAACCCUGUCCCAGCUGUCUUCAUGAAUUCUGUAUUUGUGCAUCUUUUUCAAUAUAAGACUCUGUUUAAAACAGUCCAGUGCCUCUGACACUUUUUGAUUAAAGUAAAACAUGUCUAAUAAAAAAAGCUUCAAUAGGGAAUUCCUCUUUUUCAGACUUUCAAAACUCAACUGUUAAAAUGUAAAUGACAUCCAUAGUGGGUUUGAUGUAAA